CUGCCCAACUGGCUGCCUGCAGCUGCUCUGCCACUCCUGCACACACACUGCCAAGGUCUCAACCCAGCCAGCCGCAGCCAGCCCAGGCCCACCCCAUCCACUGCCGCGCGGGCUCCAUCACUUGGUUUCCGUCCAGCCUUCAAAACCUCGCCUAGAUAGACUGGCAGGACACACACACACUCGACGCCCUCCUACACACACGACACUCUGCACACACUGCACACGCAUCACGCCCACACAACGCACGCAUCUCACGCCCCCACCCCUCGUCUUUGAGCACAAAACGCGCACUGCCCAGCACACAAAAGUCAAGUGGACAAGGAAGUCGUCACCACUUGGCACGCACGCCCCCUCGUUAACCGGCCAGACAGCACCAGUCACGACAAAACUACACCAGCCGAGGCCGCGCAGUGCUCAUGACUCACUCGUCGAGCUCUUGAUACCCCCUCCCUUCCUCGUUGCUCGGCAUCACCUUCCUUCCCUCGCAGUCAGUCACGUAUCACGUCCCGCCCGCUUCCCGACUUUUGAGACGACGCUGGACAAGUUGCAAUGUCCAGUCCGCCAGCGCAUUAUGCGGGACCGUCACCCAACGCAGAAAUCCGCUCGCAGGCCAUUGCAAAGCUCAAGCGCGCCGCUUCCCUCCCUCGAACCCCAGAUGGUCGACGACAAGCAGAGCCCAAGAAUGGCACAGCAGCCCCAGCAGUGACCGCCCCGACGGCGGCGCCGACCGUGGCUGUCGUGGCAGACCACCCUGGCGGCGUGGAUGAUUCCACUCCUUCCCCGACCCGACUACUCAACGAUUAUGGCGACGAGGAGCUCCUCUCUCCCUCGCCAGGCAGCAACUUUCCAGUGGGGGUGACGAUGCAGCGCUCAGCCUCUGCAUCGUCGUCGUACCACAUCCCGACUCCGCCAUAUACGUACGGAUCAGCUACAGCAUCGCCAUUCUACACUGCCCAGCCAUCCCCUGUCAACCCGGGCACCGACUGGGCUGCGUAUCAGCUGGCCCAGUCGUAUCUGCCGUCGAUCAGUCCUGCCGCGCCUCCUAGCUCGUUCCCGGCUCACCUCACAACGCCGACCGGCGCUGGUCGCAACACGCCGAGCCCGCUGCCUUCCCUAGGAGAUCUGCGCAACCUGUCGCGCUCAAACUCGGCUGCUGCGCGCGCGAAGGCGAUGGACAAGCUGACGGGAGGCAAGAGCUCGAUUACGCCUACGAGAAGCACAAAUGUCGGAACACCACUGUCCUCUGAUGAGGACGUCACACUCGCCGAGCCCGGACCGGCGCGAUCGCUCUUCCGGUCGGGCACAAUUGGGGUCCCGCGCAUGUUCGGCCUCCCCAACGAUCAACCCAAGCCCACCACUGUUGACGACGCGGUUGUGCCCUCUGCGCCGAUCCCCGAUACAGCCUUCGAUGUGCCCCGUCCGCGUCUUCAGCGCAGCUUUACCGUGUCUUCCUCCAACAUGGGUGAGGAACGGCGAAGUGCAGUUGGACGACGAAUGGUCGAGCGCCUCGCCGAGCGUCGCCAGGCUCGUCAGAAGGAGGAAGCCGAAGUGCGCAACCUCUGGGUGGAGCGCCGACGGACAAGGGGCCUCUCUACCAAGAUUGUCGACAAUACCUACGACUGGGAUUCGAAUGGAUCACCGGGCCCAGAGUUGGCAACGCCCCCUCCAGAAAUGCCUGCGGCCCCAACGCCGCCCAGACAACUGGGCCACGAACUUUUGGCCGUUCCUGACCGCACACCUUCUCGCAGCACCGAGCGCUCAGAUGGCGAAGCAUUCGAGUACGAAUCGCACCUUCGACGCAGUUUGUCAAGCCGUACUGCCCGUGACAAUAUCAUGGAGCCCAGUCCCGAAGUUACGUUACCGAGCCCGGUGCCAGAAGAUGGAUCGGAGCUAAGUCACACGGGAGCCUUCGCGAGACAACAACAACAAUCUGGCUUCCUCUCCACUUCGGACAACACUCAGCUGCACCCCCCAGCGCCGCCGUUUGCCACGCAGACUCGCCACCAGACUCAUGAGUCUACGUCGUCUGGCUCGACAGUCAUGGCACGCGAGUCGGUGCUGAGCGAUGCGACUUCGACGGGCAGCAACUUGCACUCAAGGAACCCCAGUCACGGGGCUGUCCCACAAGAUCCCUUCGGCGGCCCGAGUCAUCAGUGGCAAGAGAAUGGCGGUGGAGAUCACGGCCCGACCGAGAGGCUGCGUGCUGCUACUCCGUCCCGAGAAGGCACCCCGCUCACCCAAGUGUACAAGGGAUACGCCUCACAUCACGAUCCUCAGGACAGCAGCCGCGACGUCAGCGAAGACGAGCGAGCACCUGCUCCGACGCACAGGCGGGAUGUGAGCACCAUGUCGUGGGAGGAGGUCGGUGGCGCCGAGGACCGUGAAGUGCCCGUCGACUCUCGCUACCUUCAGAAGUCAACCAGCGUGUCUUCGAAGAUGGGCCGCGCCAUCACCGCUAUCCGCAAAGGCAGCAUCAGUCGGACCAGCAGCCAGGCCACUAGCCCGCCGACCAGCCCGCGCGGCUUUGCUCCUGGAGGUGGGCCAGGACGGCGUCCGUCAGACACGUCGACUGGUCACAGCAGAAGUCCCAGUGCUGUGCGCGAAUCGGCGCAUCACAAUGACAGGCAUCUGCAGGGCGGAGCGGUGUCACCUAGCCCAGCCGAGGACGCGAACAACCUUCUCAUUCAGCACCAGCUGUCUAGUGGACCCGUCAGCUUCCUUCCUCGAGCGACUGCCAACGACCCUCGCAUUCACAACUCGAAGCUGUCGCCGUUCCCGGGCAUUGCCACCUUUGAGCAGAAAGGCCAACAAGCAGCUCAUGACCACCGACACCUGCAACCGGUCGAACCUCAGUCCCGUGUCAUGUCACCCCAGGGUGCAGAGACGACACGGAGUGACUCGAAGCGAGGCUGGCUGCGGACCCUUGGAGGCUCGACCCGUUCUUCGAAUGGCAGCGGUUCGCGAACAAGCCAGUCGGACGGCAAUCACAGUCGCCAGCACAGUGAGGACAACCGCAAUGGCUCGAUGCGGAUCGUCGACCAAACGCCUGCGACCGAGGAUCACGACCCAUUUGUCCACUCCACGCCAAAGGCGGAUCGCACCGCGUCUCCAGAGGUCAACCGCUCCACCAGCCGUGCAGGCCAGCAGGAAUCUGGCUCACAGUUCAUGACGAACAGGCGUAGAGCACCGCCACCGCCGAUCGAAGUUACAUCGUCAAACGCUGCUACAAUUGUCGAGCCUACAGGACACCUGGUCGCCCCUCCUGGCCUCUCGCAAACCUCUACAGAUGUCCUCCACCGUAUGGACAACCUGCUUGCUUCGUCGGCCCAGGAUCCCAACCAGGCCAACUUGCUUGAUGAUCCGCCAAGGAAGCUUCUGCUUGCGCAGCAAGUGCUGCAGGUGGUCAACGUCAACACUGUCAAAGACCGGUACCUCCUGCUCUUCAACGACAUCCUCGUCAUCGCCAAGCCGUUGAUGCCUUCAGGUCACCCGACUGCCAACCUGGACAUGAAGUUUGUUGUCAAGUCGAUUGUAAGCUUGGACAAGCUAGUGGUUAGCGGCAUCACCGAAGAGCCCACCACCGAGCCACCGCAACACCCUGCAGUGCAACAGUUUAUCAAGCAGUUUGCAGAGGACCCUGUGCAGGCAGUGCGACAGCUUGUGGAGCGAAGUAACCCCAGGGUCGACUCUGCGACGCUCGCAAACCUGCUCUUCAAGACGACUGAUCUGGACAAGACACAGAUCGGCAACCUGCUUGCCACAGACGAGAAGCUGUUACGGGCGUUCAUGGAUCGGUUCCACUUUGACGAGGUGCCCAUCGACGACGCGCUGCGCAUGUUCCUCCUCAGCCUCCGGCUCCCCACCGACAUAGCGGCGGCCGAGGCUCUCCUGCGCGGCUUUGCCAAAGGCUACUACAAGGCGAACCAGCACUUUGUGUCAUAUGACGAGGCCCUCGCUGGUGAUCUCGUCCUCGCCAUCUUGGAACUAAACGACAUGCUUUACUCGACAUUUGGCUUUGCUUUCCCCAACCACGCGAUCUCCAAGGACACCUUUGUCACCGCGUUCAAGACCAAGGACCCUCGCGGCCUUGUGUCAGAAGCGUACCUGGAGGACAUUUACACGUCGAUCCGGGGAAGCAAGUUGGUUCAAGCAUUGGCUGCGCACGAGACCUACCUCCGCCGAGAGGUUUCUGUCACCAAGCCACAAAUUCCUACCAAGCUUACCUUCGGCGAGUGGUCUGAGCCAAUCUACAUCACGAUUCCCAAGCCCGACCCGGCGCUCAAGAUCAGGCUCUUGGGCGAGGGUCUCGAGUUCAACCCUCCUGUUCUCAACUUUGCCUCGUCGCACGAGGAAUCGUUCACUGUCAGGGGCGUAUCGCUUGGCACAAAGUCGCUCCUGUUUGACCGCAUUGGCACUACUGCCGCAUACUACGCCGACAUUGGCAACACCAGGACGUUCCACGUGGAGAGGGCGUUCAUGCGCCACACGUUCCAAGUGUCGUUCCUGUCGCAUCUGGGCCUGAAGCGCAAGUACUGCUUCUCGGUUGCGGACGCGGCGACGCACCAGCGCUGGGCAACCAUGCUCACUCGUCAAGUGCAAUUCAUGACCGAGGCCAAACAGGCCGGGGAUGGCAACAGCGUUGCGGCGCGUACCCGUCGUGCGGCCGAGGCAGUCAGCCUCCACGUCCUGCGCGAUGCUCUUAUUGCACCAGAGGACAAGUCCGCCUCAGCCAAGCCCACAGCCUCGGGCACCAACACGCCAUCUCGCACAGCCCGAGCGGGCAGCGUGAGUAUCGCGUAUGCGGCCAAGGCGGCCAACGAGGAGGCUGUUCUCGGCCCAUUACACCCAACACGCGGGCACCACGGUGACCGCCAGAGCGGCAUGGUGGAGGUACAGACUGGCAAGGAGCUCAUCCUUGUUUGUCGGCAAAACAGCCUCCUGCCCGGAGUGCUGGAGCUCCUGCAGAGCGGGACCGAGCCCGGAGGGCUCCGCCAGCCGCAACAGCCACCCUUACGGUCUGCGGGCCUCAAGGCGAUGAUGCACGACCGCAGACUGUGAGAGGGAAGAAGAGUUCCGAUCAAUACUGGUUAUAAACUGUUGUUUAAUAGCAUAGGAAGCAUGAAGGCAUUGUGGAU